AUGUCUUCCGUCCAGAGGGACGGGGCUGCCGUGGUAUUCACUGAUCCACAACGAGGAAGGGUGGCACAUGUGAGGAAAUUCCUCAAGUACGCCAAGACAUUCACGCCCCAAGUCCUUUUCAGGGGCUUUACUCCCGACUCAGGAGGAGAAGAUGAGAGGCUGAAUGGACCACACGGUGUGGUCCCGCAUGGAAUCCUAGAUGGGACCAUACCAACAAGCAUGUGGCGUACCCUCCACCUCUCCACCAUGGUCUCUGGCCACAGGACUUCUUGGACUACUCGUAACGGCGACAACAAGGGCACUGGAAAGAAGGGAGGCAAGCGUCAGGCGGUCGACGCUCUUGCGGCGCCUGAAGUCAAGCGCAAUCGUGUCCGCAAGACUGUGAAUUACAAUGAGGAGGACACCUCCGGCGUGAAUUUCGAGGCGGACGAGGAUCUUGACUACUUUGACAAGAACGGAAGGAUCAUGCGGGCUUCGGAGAUUUUCCCAAACACCUCCUUUUGA